AUGCUUAUUCAGUCAGAGGUUCCCUGGCAAGCCCUGGCUACUUUCCUCAACACACUGAAUUGGCAAGGGGUAAAUGAACUCAGGCUGAAAAAUGACAAUUUCCCUGUGUCAGAAAGUGGUGAGAGUGGUGGCUACCGCCAUCUGCCAGAGGACUUUUUGAUGCGUGGCCAACUGUGGACUCAGCAGGGGAACUCGCGGUACAGUGAACCGUGGAAGAGCGUCCACAAAAGACGUCCUUGCACGGGAGUUGGAAAGAUGGCCGGGGAAGAUAUUUGUAACAGCAUCAGCCAGUCCCGCAAUUCGAGACAAAGUCCGCAGCUUUGCUCUUCAGCAGAAAGACCGAAUAGUGUUUCAGGAAUUGGAGUUCCAGCCGCGCGUGAAGUCAGAAGGAUUCUGGGCCCCAGAGAGAACAACCGCUGUCUGAACCACAUGGGAGAUGUCCAGAAAGAAACUCAUUAG